UGCCCUGCUUGUGAUCCAGUGGAACAUCCGUGCCUUCAUGGGGGUGAAGAACUGGCCUUGGAUGAAGCUGUUCUUCAAGAUCAAGCCCUUGCUGAAGAGUGCAGAGACGGAGAAGGAGAUGCAGACCAUGAAAGAGGAAUUUGGGAGGUUGAAAGAGGCUCUGGAGAAAUCGGAGACGCGGAGAAAGGAGCUGGAGGAAAAGAUGGUGUCUCUCUUGCAAGAGAAGAAUGACCUCCAGCUGCAAGUCCAGGCUGAGCAAGACAAUCUGAACGAUGCAGAAGAGCGCUGCGACCAGCUGAUCAAGAACAAAAUCCAGCUGGAGGCCAAGGUGAAAGAGCUGACCGAACGGAUGGAGGAUGAGGAGGAGAUGAACGCCGAGCUGACAGCCAAGAAGCGGAAGCUGGAGGACGAGUGUUCGGAGCUCAAGAAGGACAUUGACGACCUGGAGCUGACCCUAGCGAAGGUGGAGAAGGAGAAACACGCCACGGAGAACAAGGUGAAGAACCUCACGGAGGAAAUGGCCGGCCUGGACGAGAUCAUCGCCAAGCUUAGCAAAGAGAAGAAGUCCCUGCAAGAGGCCCACCAGCAGGCCCUGGACGACCUCCAGGUGGAGGAGGACAAAGUGAACACGCUCACCAAAGCCAAGCUUAAGCUGGAGCAGCAGGCCGACGACUUAGAAGGCUCUCUGGAACAGGAGAGGAAGAUCCGGAUGGAUCUGGAACGGGCCAAGAGGAAGCUGGAGGGAGACUUGAAGCUGACUCAGGAGAACAUCAUGGACCUGGAGAAUGACAAGCAGCAGCUGGAGGAGAAGCUGAAAAAGAAGGAGUUUGAUAUCAACCAGCAGAACAGCAAGAUUGAGGAUGAGCAGGCCCUCGCCGUGCAGCUGCAGAAGAAACUGAAGGAGCUUCAGGCACGGAUCGAAGAGCUGGAAGAAGAGCUGGAGGCCGAGCGCACGUCCCGGGCCAAGGUGGAGAAGCAGCGUGCCGAGCUCUCGCGGGAGCUGGAGGAAAUCAGCGAGCGCCUGGAGGAGGCCGGGGGCGCCACCUCGGUGCAGGUCGAGCUCAACAAGAAGCGGGAGGCCGAGUUCCAGAAGAUGCGGCGCGACCUGGAGGAGGCGACGCUCCACCACGAGGCCACAGCGGCCACGCUCCGCAAGAAGCACGCCGACUCCGCGGCGGAGCUGGGCGAGCAGAUCGACAACCUGCAGCGUGUGAAGCAGAAGCUGGAGAAGGAGAAGAGCGAGCUGAAGCUGGAGCUGGACGACGUGGCCUCCAACAUGGAGCAGCUGAUGAAGUCCAAGGUGAACCUGGAGAAAAUGUGCCGCACCAUAGAGGACCAGUCCGCCGAUUACCGGGCCAAGCUAGAGGAAACCCAGCGAAGCCUCAAUGACACCAACACUCAGAGGGCCAAGCUUCAGACGGAAAACGGAGAACUCGCCCGGCAGCUAGAAGAGAAGGAGGCGCUCAUCUCUCAGCUCACGCGGGGGAAGCAGUCCUACACGCAACAGAUGGACGACCUGAAGAGGCAGCUGGAAGAGGAGGCCAAGGCCAAGAACGCCUUGGCCCACGUGCUCCAGUCGGCCCGCCAUGACUGCGACCUCCUGCGGGAGCAGUACGAGGAGGAGACGGAGGCCAAGGCGGAGCUGCAGCGCCACCUCUCCAAGGCCAACUCCGAGGUGGCGCAGUGGAGGACCAAGUACGAGACCGACGCCAUCCAGAGGACGGAGGAGCUGGAGGAGGCCAAGAAGAAGCUGGCGCAGCGGCUGCAGGACGCCGAGGAGGCGGUGGAGGCCGUGAACGCCAAGUGCUCCUCGCUGGAGAAGACCAAGCACCGGCUGCAGAACGAGAUCGAAGACCUCAUGGUGGACGUGGAGCGCUCCAACGCGGCCGCCGCCGCCCUGGACAAGAAGCAGAGGAACUUCGACAAGAUCCUGUCGGAGUGGAAGCAGAAGUUCGAGGAGUCCCAGGCGGAGCUGGAGAGCUCGCAGAAGGAGUCGCGCUCGCUCAGCACGGAGCUCUUCAAGCUGAAGAACGCCUACGAGGAGUCGCUGGAGCACCUGGACACGCUGCGGAGGGAGAACAAGAACCUGCAGGAGGAGAUCUCGGACCUCACCGAGCAGUUGGGAGAGGGGGCCAAGAACGCCCACGAGGUGGAGAAGGUGCGGAAGCAGCUGGAGGCCGAGAAGAUGGAGCUGCAGGCUGCACUCGAAGAGGCGGAGGCUUCUCUGGAGCACGAAGAAGGCAAGAUCCUCCGGGCCCAGCUGGAGUUCAACCAGAUCAAGGCCGAGAUCGAGCGCAAGCUGGCCGAGAAGGACGAGGAGAUGGAGCAGGCCAAGCGCAACCAGCUGAGGAUGGUAGAGUCCCUUCAGGCUUCCCUGGACGCCGAGACCCGCAGCCGCAACGAGGCGCUGAGGGUCAAGAAGAAGAUGGAGGGCGACCUCAACGAGAUGGAGAUCCAGCUCAGCCAGGCUAAUCGGGUGGCAGCGGAGGCCCAAAAGCACCUCAAGAUCGCACAUAUGCACCUCAAGGACACCCAGAUCCAACUGGACGACGCUGUCCGAGCCAACGAGGACCUGAAGGAGAACAUCGCCAUCGUGGAACGCAGGAACAACCUGCUGCAGGCCGAGCUGGAGGAGCUGCGCAACCUGGUGGAGCAGACCGAGCGCGGCCGGAAACUGGCUGAGCAGGAGCUGAUCGAGGCCAGCGAGCGCGUCCAGCUCCUCCACUCCCAGAACACCAGCCUCAUCAACCAGAAGAAGAAGAUGGAGGCUGACAUCUCCCAGCUGCAGACGGAGGUGGAGGAGGCCGUGCAGGAGUGCAGGAACGCCGAGGAGAAGGCCAAGAAGGCCAUCACGGACGCGGCCAUGAUGGCGGAGGAGCUGAAGAAGGAGCAGGACACGAGCGCCCACCUGGAGCGGAUGAAGAAGAACAUGGAGCAGACGGUCAAGGACCUGCAGCUGCGGCUGGACGAGGCCGAGCAGCUGGCCCUGAAGGGCGGCAAGAAGCAGCUGCAGAAGCUGGAGGCCCGCGUGCGCGAGCUGGAGAACGAGCUCGAGGCGGAGCAGAAGCGCAGCGCCGAGGGCGUCAAGGGCAUGCGCAAGUGCGAGCGGCGCAUCAAGGAGCUCACCUACCAGACUGAGGAGGAUAAAAAGAACUUACUGAGGCUCCAAGAUCUGGUGGAUAAGCUGCAGCUGAAGGUCAAAGCCUACAAGAGACAGGCGGAAGAAGCUGAGGAGCAGGCCAACGCCAACCUGGCCAAGUUCCGGAAGGUCCAACAUGAGCUGGAUGAAGCCGAGGAGCGGGCGGACAUCGCCGAGUCCCAGGUCAACAAGCUGAAGGCCAAGAGCCGCGACGUGGGAGGAAAGAAACUUCAUGAUGAAGAGUGACAGGCUGUGG